UGACCGGAUGAUGACAGAAGUUUUUCUGUGUUAAUGUCGCUAGUUCAAUAUUUGACCGUCCAGCUGCUGAGCUCCCCGGGGCUGUGGGCGCCGUCAGGACUCUCGGAUCGGGACCUCCGCUGGGGGUGGAUCAGAUAAAGACGCAGACCGCUGCGCCAUCUGGGAAGUUUGGGGCUUUGCUUUGGGAGCGAGCGACCCUCUCUGGUUCCCACUCGACCCGGGGGGAGAAGAAGACCCAGCUGGGCACACCGAGGUGCCGCGAUGGGGAACCGGGGGAUGGAAGACCUCAUUCCCCUCAUCAACAAGCUCCAGGACGCCUUCAGCUCCAUCGGCCAGAGCUGCAACUUGGACCUGCCGCAGAUCGCGGUGGUCGGCGGGCAGAGCGCAGGGAAGAGCUCGGUGCUGGAGAACUUCGUCGGCAGGGACUUUUUGCCCAGAGGAUCUGGUAUUGUCACCCGUCGUCCUCUCAUCCUCCAGCUGGUUAACAGUAAAGCAGAAUAUGCCGAGUUCCUGCACUGUAAGGGCCGCAAGUUUGUGGACUUUGAAGAAGUCCGUCAGGAGAUCGAAGCAGAGACCGAGCGUCUCACCGGCUCCAACAAGGGCAUCUCCCCGGUCCCCAUCAACCUCCGUGUCUACUCCCCCAACGUGCUGAAUCUGACCCUGAUCGACCUGCCGGGGAUGACCAAAGUGGCGGUGGGUGACCAGCCUCAGGACAUCGAGCACCAGAUCAGAGAAAUGCUGCUGCAGUUCAUCACUAAGGAGAGCUGCCUGAUCCUGGCCGUCACCCCGGCCAACAGUGACCUGGCCAACUCGGACGCCCUGAAAAUAGCCAAGGAGGUGGACCCUCAGGGUCUGCGGACCAUUGGUGUGAUCACUAAGCUGGACCUGAUGGACGAAGGGACAGAUGCACAGGACAUCCUGGAAAACAAACUUCUGCCGCUGCGCAGAGGUUACAUCGGGGUGGUGAACCGCAGUCAAAAGGACAUCGAUGGGAAGAAAGACAUCCGGGUUGCUUUGGCUGCUGAGAGGAAGUUCUUCCUGUCCCAUCCUGCAUACAGACACAUUGCAGAACGCAUGGGCACACCUCACCUGCAGAAGACCCUCAACCAGCAACUUACCAACCACAUCCGCGACACGUUGCCAGGGUUACGUAGCAAGCUGCAAAGCCAGCUGCUGUCGCUGGAGAAGGAGGUGGAGGAGUACAAGAACUUCCGCCCUGACGACCCCACACGCAAGACCAAGGCCUUACUCCAGAUGGUGCAGCAGUUUGGUGUCGACUUUGAGAAGUGCAUCGAGGGGUCUGGAGAUCAGGUGGACACCUCCAACCUGUCCGGUGGAGCCAAGAUCAACCGCAUCUUUCACGAGCGCUUCCCAUUCGAGCUGGUGAAGAUGGAGUUUGAUGAGAAGGAGCUGAGGAAACAGAUCAGCUAUGCCAUCAAGAACAUCCACGGUGUCAGGACAGGCCUGUUCACCCCUGACUUGGCGUUUGAGGCUAUAGUGAAAAAGCAGGUCAUUAAGCUGAAAGACCCCUGUCUGAAAUGCGUUGACCUCGUCGUCACCGAGCUUGCCACCCUGAUCAGGAAGUGCACUGAAAAGCUGGGCUCGUACCCUCGACUAAGAGAAGAGACUGAGAGGAUCGUCACCACCUAUGUCAGAGAGCGAGACAGCAAGACCAAAGACCAGGUGCUGCUGCUGAUCGACAUCGAGCUCUCUUACAUCAACACUAACCAUGAGGACUUCAUCGGAUUUGCCAACGCCCAGCAGAGAACUGCUGCUAACAUUACCAAGAAGAGAGUCAUGCCUAACCAGGUGAUCCGCAGAGGCUGGCUCACCAUCAACAUCAGUAUCAUGAAGGGAGGAUCCAAGGACUACUGGUUCGUCCUGACGGCCGAGUCUCUCUCCUGGUAUAAAGAUGAGGAGGAGAAAGAGAAGAAGUACAUGCUGCCUCUGGACAACCUGAAGCUGAGAGAUGUGGAGAAAGGCUUCAUGUCCAGCAAACAAGUCUUCGCCAUCUUCAACACUGAACAGAGGAAUGUCUACAAAGACCUGCGUCAGAUUGAGCUGGCGUGUGACACUCAGGAGGAUGUUGACAGCUGGAAGGCUUCGUUCCUCAGAGCGGGCGUUUACCCAGAGAAGGACCAGCCUGAGAACGAAGAUGCGAUGAAUCCGAGCGACACCGUGUCCAUGGACCCUCAGCUGGAGCGCCAAGUGGAGACCAUCCGCAACCUGGUGGACUCCUAUAUCGGCAUCGUCAACAAGUCCAUCAGAGACCUCAUGCCCAAGACCAUCAUGCACCUCAUGAUCAACAGCGCGAAGGACUUCAUCCACUCGGAGCUGCUGGCCUAUCUGUACUCGGCAGGAGACCAGGGCAGUUUGAUGGAGGAGUCAGCGGAGCAGGCUCAGAGGAGAGAUGAGAUGCUGAGGAUGUAUCAUGCUCUGAAAGAGGCCCUGGUCCUCAUUGGAGACAUUAGCACCACCACUAUUUCUACACCUGUGCCUCCACCAGUGGACGACACCUGGAUGGCCAAGGACCCAAGUCCUCCUGCAGCAUCCCGCCCGGCCUCAGCAACAGCGCCCCCUCCCAGCCGACCCCCGAAUGUGAGGGGUCCCACCGCGGGGCCUCCUGCUCCCCUCAACCCCUCACCAGCGUUUGGAGCGCCACCUGUGCCUUCUCGACCCGGCCCUCCACCGGGGCAAACGGCCUAUCCUGGAGACGCCAAUUCCGGUUCUGUGCCUCUUGUCCCAUCGAGGCCAGCCCGCGUGCCUCCAGCGCUGCCGCCGGGGAUUCCGAGCAGAAGACCCCCGGCUGCUCCCAACCGACCCACUGUCAUACGUCCUUCAGAGCCCUCCCUGCUUGACUAGAAACACACACACAUUUACAUGUUUAUAAUUCCUGAUGCUGUUUCAGUAUGUAAUUUUGUAACUUCCUGUGUAGGUAGUUUUUUUUUUAACAUGUUGAAAUGCUCUGCUUUCAUUGUAAUGAAAAGGGAUAAAUUUGAUGAUUUUACUGACUUGCAGGUCAUGAAUCAAGCAGGUCAUCUUGAAUUUUUGUUUCAUUUGAAAUGAAAUGUGCCUUAAAACAAUGUAUGAUUCUUAUAACUUUUUUAUAUAUUGGUAAAGAAACACAUUUAGAAAUAAUUUUAUUAGCUAAUUUUUUGUCAUUAAUUUUACACACUAAGCACCUCAGUAAGUAAGCAGCACUUUUUGAUUUGAAGUCCUUUUGCUCUUAGUUUUUUUGGUAGAUCUAUAUAAAGUCAGCCUUCAAAUGAGCUUAUAAAAAUUGACCAAUGUAUGAUAAAUCUUAGCUUCAGCUUGAUUACUUUAUUACAUGUAUGGAUAGGCGUUGGUAUUCUUCCUUUGGGGGCCGAUGAAACAUGAGACGCAGGAGGAGGAAGGUCGGGGGCUGCAGCAGUGGGAUGUUUUACAGUGCGUUACUGAUAAUUACACAGUAGGUGACCUUGCCCAGCCGAACGUCCUCAGACUGUUACCUCUCACUGCUCGGUAAUAAAGUGCCUCCAGCACAAAUAACUUUAUUACUUCAAAAAGCAUCAUAUUAGAAAGCCAUAGUGGGGAAAAAAAGAUAAUGUAAAGGGCCUCUAUGUAUAAAGUGAUGGACUGAAUAAAAGCUUAGAAAAAGACA